AUGGGACAUGUGGGCUCUAAAAUGCAUGAAAAGCCUACGAUAUAUAUAAAUACUGAUAGGUCAAAAUUAUUUUUUAAGUCUAUUGUUAUUACCAAUUCUAAGGACCAGGCACCGACUUAUAUAACCGUAGAACCCUAUCCUGAGACAAGUAUCAAUGUUUCUAGUGAUAGGGAAUUACCUAUUGAGUUUAUUUAUGACCCGGAAGCUUCUACACAUAGUUUCUCACCAUUUCUCUUAAAACUCUAUGCAGAUCAAGAGAUACAAGUUAAAUUUGAUAUUAACAUUCGAUUAGAGAGUCCAGAAGAGAUAGAGACUAAGUGUUUUAAAGGACUUUUUUUUAUUUAUGGAUCAAAUAUGAAUGAAUUAGAUAAUAUUUUAGAAUCAGAAUUAAAGGAUUUUGAAAAUAAUCAAAAUAUUUUAUUUUUAGAUGAUAUUUCAACAGAUGGAUUAUUAGAGAAAGAGUUUGAAUGGUCAUGGACAUGGAAGCCACAUUCAUUUAAAAAUAAGUAUUUAGAUGGAUGGAGGAAUACGUGCUAUUUUGUUCAACGUGAAAACGAUAGUUUUUCUAUAUUAGCUAAGUUUAAUUUCUGGGUUCAAGGAAAGGAUUUUAUAAAAAGAUCUGAAAGUUCUAUUACAUUUUUUGAUAACAAAACUUUAUCGUUGUCACCACAUGAUACUUCUAUACUUCCUCAAAAAGAUAGUGUUUAUCAGAAUGAAGAUAACUCUCCUGAAGAGAAAAACGCACUAUUUAAUUCUUUAUUGUGCAAUCUGAAUUCAGUAGUUAACUUUAAUAACUUUGAUGAUGCGUUUAAAAAUGAGCCAAAUGAUGGUCCAUUAUUUCGUGCAAUGAUAACUGCAUUGGAAAAGAAAACUACUGUUUUUAGAUAUAGAAUCAAAAAACUAAUUAAAAGGGCUGUUGAUCUUUAUGAUUCUCAAAUAACUAAAAAUGAAGCAAAUCGUAGGUUUAUGAGUGCAUUAAAAAAGAUAUCAGAAUCGAAUCCUGUUGCAAUGAAACCUGUAUUAAAACUAUAUAUGGAAGCAGCUAUUCAGCAGUUGCAAAGUUUUGAAUAUAAUAAUGCACUUCAAUUACAACGUUUGAUUAUAAGACCAUUAAAACGUAUUUAUGAAGCCGAUAUAAAAGCUGCUGAAAGGAAAAAGAAGAAUUUCGAGGAAGAUUCCCAUGAUUAUUAUCACUUUGUUUCACGUUAUUUGAGUAAAAGUGAUUCUUCUAAAGAUAAAAAAAUUUAUAAAGCAGAUGUAAAAUACUUUGCAAAGAAAAGAGAUUUUGAACUUAAAUGUUUUGAUUAUUAUUCUUUUAUGCAGGAUCUUAGUGGUGGAAAAAAGGAGCAAGAAAUUUUACAUCUUUUUACUUUAUAUGUGGAAAAUCAUUAUUCUACAUUGAGCAGAGUUAUUAACGUAAUACAUGAUCUAAAACCAGGACUUGAUAAACUAACUCAAGGUGUUCAAGAAAUUAAUAAGAACUUUAUGCAUCUUUCUUCAAAAAGAGAAGAACAAAGGCGAGUAUUAGAAAAAUCCAAAGUAUUUGUAAAUGAAUCCAAUAAUUUCUUUUCUUCUACAACACAUCAAAAAAAAUCAAAGAAAUCAGGCUAUAAGGAUCACUGUUCAGCUUCAAAUCGUUGCGGCAGCUCUAAAGACAGUAGUUUUAAUUCUAAUGUAAAUAAAUUAACUUCAGAAAAUGCUGAAAUAUCUAUAUCUUCAAAUAAUGAAGAUUCUAAAGGGAUAGAAGACUCUAACGAAAAUGAUUCUGACAGUAUUUCCCAGAGACGAAAAGAAGGACUUCUUUGGGCACUUUCUAGACCAAGGAAUUAUACUGAUCAUAAAGUUGUACAAAAGCUAAAUUGGCAUAAAUAUUGGAUUGUCCUAGCUGGAGGGAAAUUGUGCGAAUAUCAAAAUUGGAAACAAGCUAUAGAUCUUCAUAAUAUUCCAAUUGAUUUAAGAAUGGCAAGUGUAAAGAAAGUCCCCUCUGUUGACAGAAGAUUUUGUUUUGAAGUUAUAACUCCUAGCAUUAGACGAAUUUAUCAAGCAACAUCUGAAGAGGAUGUAUCUUCGUGGGUCAAAAGCAUUUCUAAGGCAAUAGAAAGCUUAUUAGAGGGGACGGGUUCUACUUCUAAUUUUUGUCCGUAUGAAACUGUGGAUAAACCCCCUAUACCUAAAUCAAACGGAGGAUUAUUUCAUAGAAAUAUUUUAACUUCUAAUUUAACUAUUGAAAAUGAUAGAAAUACCAAUAAAAGUGCCCAUAAACUUUUAAGGGUAAUACAUGAUGCAGAUCCUAUACAUAAUACUGUCUGUGCAGAUUGUAAUACUUCUUCUAAGGCAGAAUGGUGUUCUAUAAAUAUUCCAGCGAUCUUGUGUAUUGAAUGUUCAGGUGUUCACCGAUCACUUGGAAGUCAUAUUUCAAAAGUACGAUCUUUAAUGCUUGAUACAACAUCAUUUACUGACAAUUUGAUCGAUUUCAUUUGUCAAACUGGAAAUAAAAUGACCAAUUCGAUCUAUGAAGCCACGUAUGAUUCUAUGAAAAACCUAAAGAAUAUAAAUAAGCCUUUUCCAACUUCUUCUCGGGAAGAAAAGUACAAAUUUAUUUAUGCAAAAUAUGUUGAUAAAGCUUUCGUUUUGUAUAAUUCUAAUCCUACGAAAAAUCUACUUCUUGGUAUAAAUAAUAAACAUAUCGAAUCUGUAAUUCAGGCAUUGGCAUCAGGAGCUGAUCCUAAUACUAUAGAUGCUGAAUCUGGGAAUUCAGCCUUAAUUCUCUCAUUAUUUUCAUCUUCACAUGAAUCUCAAGAGAAUGAUUUAAAUAGUUCCUAUAAAACGCAAAAAGAGACUUUUCCUAUAGCAGAAUAUCUUUUGCAGAAUGGGGCUAAUCUUCCUGAAUAUUCAUUUUCUGUAUCAAAUGAAAAAUUAUCUAUUCAGGCUAAAGCAUAUUUACAAAGCAAAUAUCCCAAAAAAUACCCAAAUAAUGAAGAUAUAUCAGGGAAUAACAAUACUUCUGGAUCUAACAAUAAAUUAUUAAUUACAACUGACAAUUCAUUAAAUAAUUUUUCUUUUUUAUAUAAUGAACAUAAAAAUCCUGGAAAACUUCAGAAAAAAAUAAAUUCUAAUGGAAAAUUAUCAAAGUUACUUUAG